CGAAAGACCAGUACUGCAAGCGUGAAGAAGGCACAUUGAAUGUGCUGCUUUUAUUGCGUUGGUGGUAAAACAAGAGAAAAAGGAUCCCAAAAGAAUACAGAGAAUGCAGUGGAAACUGCAGCAGAAAUACAUGAUAUACAAUGGUACUGGCGUGGUCCAGCCAAAUGAAUGGACGCAUGGAAGGGCUCGAUACGAAUUUGAAGACGAGGGUGGUUUACUACCGGACAGCAGCAGCAGUGGCGUCGUCGAGAAUGACGCGGUGGUCGCGGGCGAUGGCGCCCGCGUGAACGAUCGCAUCCUCCACUAUCAUCACCACCAUCACCAUCAUCCCCAUCAUCGCGACCAUCAUCACCAUCGUCAUCACCAUCGCGAGCUGCAACAGCAGCACCAACCGCCGGAACCCGAGCCGGAGCUGGACGAUCUCCUGCGUUUCCGCGGGUCCACAGGACAGGAGAUGGUCGUGCAGGAAAUGGCACAGGGCUACACGCAGCUCCUUCACACGGCCCAAGAGCCGCAGGAGUUCAUCUCGCUGGACGAGUUGCAGCCGCGUGUUCAUCAAGAGCACCAUCGUGUGCACGACACCUGCGCGCAAAUCGCCUCGUCCGCUUCGCAGCUCUAUCAGCAGCAACAGCAACAGCAGCAACGGAAUUACUAUAAUCUCUCAACCGUGCAAGAAAGUUCCUGUCCCACGGUUUAUUUUGGCGAAAUAGGCACGGGUUCCGGGGUGGGAGAGUUAACCGCCGCCUCGGCGGGGGGUGGCGAAGGUCUCGCCCCGACUCCAACCCCCGCCAGCAACAGCAGCAGCAAUACCGCCACCCCCAACAGCCCAAGCGCGACCGCUAUAACCACCAGCACCACCACCACCAGCACUACCGCCACCACCACCGCCACCUCCACCAGCACCGCCACCAUCCCUCAGGUCGCAACGGGGGCUGAACCGCCCCAGCACAUGGAGACACCCCCGACGAUGGUCCCCGACCAGGCACCCGCCUCCGGCCAUCACUAUCACCAUCACCAUCACCAUCAUCAUCAUCAUCAUCGGCACCAUCGUAGCGCGUCCACUACGCCUAGCCAUGGACCGGUGACUGACAUCUCGAACGAGUUCGCACCGGUGCCCAGAAAGCGGAAGCUUUCCUGCCACGUUGGAAGCGAUCUGUUGGACGACUUAGGGGACGAUGCCAAAUCUGUUCGCACAAAUGACGACAGCAAAAAGCAGAACCACAGCGAAAUCGAGAAGCGCAGGAGAGACAAGAUGAACACGUACAUCACCGAGCUGUCGGCGAUGGUGCCAAUGUGUCACGCGAUGUCGCGAAAGCUGGACAAGCUGACUGUACUGCGAAUGGCGGUGCAGCAUCUCAAGACCAUCCUCGGUGCCGUCACCUCGUACACGGAAGGCCACUACAAGCCCGCGUUUCUCAGUGACCAGGAACUCAAAACACUCAUACUUCAAGCUGCAGAGGGCUUCGUCUUCGUGGUGGGCUGCGAUCGUGGAAGAAUUCUCUAUGUGUCCGAGUCCGUCUCGCAGAGUCUCAAUUAUUCUCAGGGUGAUCUACUAGGUCAAAGUUGGUUUGACAUCUUGCAUCCCAAGGACGUCGCCAAAGUGAAGGAGCAGCUCUCGUCCUCCGACCUCAGUCCACGGGAGCGACUGAUCGACGCGAAGACGAUGUUACCGGUGAAAACUGACGUGCCCCAAGGCGUAUCACGACUUUGCCCCGGUGCACGGAGGUCCUUCUUCUGUCGGAUGAAGCGUAAGGUCGAGGGAGUCCGUUGCGGUGAGAUGCAAGUGAAAGAGGAAGCUGACACUACUACUGGCUGCCAUAGGCGAAAGAAGCAGCAAAACGUAGAAAAGUUGACUCCACUCUCCGAUGACGGAUUCAAUCUUCUUUCAAGAGGCAAAGCGAAAGCAGUUCGGGAAAGGACUGCGAGAAACUGUUUGAAACGGGGUACAAACGAGUGUGUCUUCUUUCGGACACUAAGAAAGGCGCACGCACGAUCGGAGACACGGCAUGAGCAUUUUGCCGCGUGGCUCGUCAAAGAUUGGAAGUACUGCGUGAUUCAAUGCACGGGUUACUUGAAGUCCUGGGCACCCGCGAAGAUCGGCCUCGAGGAGCAAGAGGGCGAGGCCGACGGUGAGGCCUGCAAUCUGUCGUGCCUGGUCGCGGUCGGCCGGAUCCAAACGGCGAUAUCGACAGCCGCGUUGCCGUCGAGGAAGCCCCAUUUGAGACCUAUACAAUUCGUGUCGCGACACGCGAUGGAUGGCAAAUUUCUCUUCGUGGACCAAAGAGCUACUCCAGUAUUGGGUUUUCUACCUCAGGAAUUACUGGGCACCAGUAUGUACGAAUACUAUCACCACGACGACAUUCCUCAUCUAGCGGAGUCUCACAAAGCCGCCUUGCAGACCACCGAGCGCGUUACCACGCAGAUUUAUAGGUUUAGGAGCAAGGGCGCGAAUUUCGUGAGGCUGCAGUCCGAGUGGAAGUCCUUCAGGAAUCCGUGGACCAAAGACAUCGAGUACCUAAUCGCCAAGAAUUCCGCUAUUUUCUGUGACACGCGUCCAGGUGGAAAUAACGGAUCCGAGGAUUCCAGUGUGCAGGGCAAUUAUGAUUACUUCACGCAGAGUAAUGGUGGACUAGAAAGACUGAUCUCGAGCCACGUGGAGGUAAGUAAGAUCGGCCGGCAAAUAGCGGAAGAGGUACUAGACCUUCAAAGACGCGGCGAGGACUCUUCCUCGGGUAGUAGUCCGGGUCCAACAACGGAGCCUGGUUUAUUAAAUACCGAGAUGCAAAUCACGACGACGGUGUCGCCGGAGAGGAUUCCCGAUGUGUCCCAACCGGGCAUUGGCAGCGACAACAGUAGUAGCAAACCGACGUCGACGUUCAACCAUGUAGCGAACAACAUGCAGCUCAACAGCAUCGCGAACGACCAAGGAGCGUCACCAGACGAGGAAAUGAUGGAUAUGAUCGGCAAUAGCGCGAUUAACGAAUCGCCGAAUCCGAUCCCGUCCGACGGCAACGACGAGGCAGCGAUGGCUGUCAUCAUGAGCCUUUUGGAAGCCGACGCGGGCUUGGGCGGUCCCGUGGACUUUUCCGGAUUGCCCUGGCCUUUGCCAUAG